AUCCUGGAUGCGGAUACGACAAGCAGCGUUCCGUGCUGUAUACUCGUACUAUAUUCUGCACAAUGCAAUAAGAUAGGGAGGAGUUUGUAUCCACGACGAUAACCCUGGUGUCUGGUCUCCGUGGAGAUGGCCAGAGUUCAGGUUUUCAUUACAUUAAGGGAUCUGGUGUUGGUAGUGAUUCUGCUAUGGACUGCCACACCCACAGAUGGGGGAGACAUCCAUGUAACCUGUCUGUUCUCAGAGGAUUGUGUCCUGGCCUGCAGCUUCCAGCCUGGAAGUGAUGAAGUCAUCUACUGGCUGAAACCAGAAGACAAGGACCUGACCGUCCACUCCUACUACUACAGUACAGAUCAGCUCAAGCUGCAGAGCCAGCGUUACAGAGGAAGAACAGCCCUGUUCAAUGACCAGAUCCCCAAAGGAAACGCUUCACUACUGCUGAGAGGGCUCACACUCCAGGACCAGGGCAGAUACAAGUGUUACACCAGCACUAUUAAAGGCAACAAGGAGUCCUUCAUUAACAUGGCAGUGGAGGCUCCAGUCCGCUUGGUGGACAUACAGUUAUCAGAUGACAUCAUCACCUGCAGUUCUACAGGUAUCUAUCCUGAGCCUAAACUCACCUGGUCCACUGACCCCCCCUCUGACCUUUCAUUUGACCCUGGAACCAUCCAGAACUCCACCAGCACCAAGGUGGAUGACGGGGGCCUCUAUGACAUCACCAGCACAAAACAGUUUAUCAGAGACCGAACCAACAUCUGUACCGUGACCUCUGGGACAGUAGAAAGGACAGCAACCCUGAAACAGCAAGAUCCGGUCCAGGGUUCUCCAAGAAGUGAAGUGUCCAUCCCCUGCAGUGUCUCUCAGUCUGACCUCCUGACCUUUAACCUUACCUGGAGGUUCAACCAGAUAGACACCAUCCUCACCUCCACCUACACCAAGGGUACAUCUCAGAUGUACAUUGACGACCAGUGGAAGGAGCAGGUUCAGAGUUUGUCUGACUCUGGCAGCCUUCAGCUCCACAAGCUAACCGUGGUCCACCAGGGAAUCUACAGCUGUGAACUCUCUACUGCCAGAGACACUCACUUGGUCCUCACCUACCUGGAGAUCACACCUGAUAAACUCUCUGAUGUUUCAGAUGGACUGAGUUCAGGUUCAAUCACUGGUAUAACAAUAGCAGCAGUAGCAGCAGUGAUUAUAGCAGCAGUGAUAUGUUACCUGCUGAGAGGUUUUCUGCCCAAAUUUAGAUGUAACACGGUCAUCUGAAGAGGGAGUCACUCUCUGCCACAGGCUGACGUCCAUGGAAUAUUCAUGUCCUUAUGGUUACAUGCAUUUACUCAUACUAGCUGUUUGUGUGUCUGAAUCCUGCUAACUCACCAUAAACUCACCUAUCCCC